AUGCUGUCUCGAUCUUCCAACAGUGCAGCAAGUCUUUUAGGCUGCCGGCUGCUCCCAGAAUGCAGAGCAAGCUUUCUCCCUCCCUCCUUGCGCCGGCAUAAUGUAUCUAUCCGGUUCGAGUCCACCGAAACUGAUGCCAAUGACGACGAGACGCCGCCGCAACAUGUAUCUUCGCGCCGUACCCCCGGCCACAACCGUCUUCAGCACCGGCUCAAACGGAGACUGGGUAAAAAAGUACCGAUUUCUGUUACCUCGCUUGGAAAUCCUGGUGAAGUAGUAGUUGUCAAAGAUCGGCAACGUCGUCGACUACGCAUAGCCAAGGACGAACCGAAGGAAGUCACCGACAAAAAUGCGCUUCCCCUCUUUCUGAGAGAAAUAGAGAAUGACGAUACUUUUGUUGAUAGCGAACUACUCAAAACUCGUGUUGAAAGUUUCCGUCUCGACUACGAACCCCACCACAAGUUGCCCGUUGCCGAUUGGAAGGAGCUCCGAAACAAAAUGCAGUCGUCAUUUACCUAUCGGCAGUUAUUGGACUAUAUAAUAGAAUCGAAGGAGAACGAUUUGGAUAAUGACGGAACACCAGAGACAACACCCACGCGCUGGACACCUGGAGUCUCCGAGUUUCUUGAAACCAGUUAUCUUUCCCGAAAAGGUGUCGCCGAUAGAGUUGCGGCGUCGCAAGGCCUCAAGGGGAAGUAUCUACUGGCUGAAAGGAUACUCCGUGACUGCUGGCAUCUUGGAGUCCUUGAUGAGGUUGGUCAGCUAGAUAUACAGCUGCCGACGCAUAUACUGUCUCUGCUCCUCAGUUCGCAGCACUUUUCUUUCGAAGAAUUAGCCAACUUGCACGACGCAAAGAUCGAUGUCACGCAUUCGCUUGGUCUCGUGAGGAUUACGGGGAUGCAGCGUAUCUGUGAAUCAAUUAGUGAGAUUGUACACGAUGCCACUGCUAGAGUCCGACAGGAAAGCGUUGAAUUGCCACCCGACGAAACGAAAACGAAAGUCAACAACCGCAUCUUUACUCCAGAAUUUCUCUCGUGGAUGACCAAAACCUAUAGAGUAGCAUUUGAACAAAAUACGCCACAUACGCCAAGCCAAAUCUACUAUCUUGCCGAAGACAAACAGGAUGCAGAUAAUGCCCGUAGGGCCCUGCACCUUGCCUAUUACAGUGGGACUGCUCCUGCUGUACCUUUCAGCACAUACCUACCCUCAACCGAGCCAGCCAGCGUCCAUGACAUUGAUCCCGAGAGCAACACGUCAUGGUUCGAGAGGCAAAAGGCAUGGUUCCGAUGGGCCACGCCAGCAACUCAGUCUGACGAGGUAAAGCCCUCAGACACAGAAUUGUUCGAUAACCAUCAAACACGGGUAUCCGACGAGCUUUUCAAGCUACUUCGACAGAAAUCAUCCGUCACUCAUCAGGCACAUCCUGAAACCGGCGCCGACUACCAUGAAUCCAUCACAGCAGCAGUCGGCAAAUGUCUCUUCCUGCGCAAGCCAUUCUUCGAAGAGAGCUCGGUCAACGCUUCUCAGCUCGGCAGGAUGUCACUCCCAAGGACCUUCACCACCGACAUACCUCGCGCAGCCCAAUUUCUCCGCACUCUCACUCCCAAACCAGUAGACGAACACCAACAAGCCUACCGCAUUCGGCUAGUCCCAUCAGCUCUUAACGCCAACGCCUUCCCCCAACUUGAGCUGGAAGUCACUGCCAAAACAAGCAGCACACCCGAAGAUACAACACCCGAAUUCUCCAUGCGCAGCGCAAAACUCGUUAUCUCCGAAAGCAACGUCGACUACCUCCUCCCCGAGAACGGACUUGACCUCCGCUUCACUCGCAAACUCACCCGGGAGCUCCUUCCCCAGGCCCAAGACAGCAACUCCUUCUCCCUCUCAAACAUCGAGGAAUCCCUCCGAAACCUCUUCUCCCGAACUUCCACAACAGACAAAGAACUACCUCUCCCCCCGUUCACACAAGUCACGCUCCCCCGCGAUAUUCUUCCCCAGGACGCCGCCGACAAUUCCGCAGAGUACAUCUUCCUCCCCGUCAGCGAUAUCCGAGGAACUCGUAUUCACAAGUACGAUUUCCGUGGGCAGCAGCUGGAUUAUGCUUUCUACGAGAGCGGACCGUUCAACCCGUACCGUACCACGGAUUUGUUCCUGAACAUGGAUAUGACUGACGGUUCUGCGUCGGCUGAGUCCUCCGCUGAUGUUUCUUCCGAGAGCGUGUCGCGGGAUGCUGUUGCAUCUAAGGAUAAGUUCCACACAUUCUAUAACACUGCUUGUGCGUUGGCUUUCGAGUUGGAUAGAGCGAGGCGCUUGGGAGCUGUUUGGAAUGAUACUAUUUGA